AUGACCGCCGGAUUCACUUCGAACAGUCAGAAUCAUUGCUCGAAAUCAGCUUCCCACGCCUCUUCACGCUUCGGUGUCUUCGGACUUCGGAUAUUAAUUCGGGAUAAGCGCAUUCACCCGCAACCCCAAUCUCGGAAGCAUCGACUUCGGAAGGCAGCUUUCGCGAUGUGCCGAGUGGAGGAGCGAGUCUACGUCGUGGAUGGCGUCCGUAAGACGUUUGAAGACCCGUUUCCCUGCCACAAUGCUCGCCGUGGAAUGCUCUGCAACAAUGUAUCCAGGAAGACCAUCGAAUACUACUCGCAGCCACCUUCAGUAACCCGUGAUGAUGCAUCUUCACCGGCUUCCUACAAUCCGCCCACCCCUACUGGUACUGGAACCUACCUGGUCGAGAAGCGACGACCUGCAGGAGUCACUCGUCGUCCCUCAACUCGAGAUGGGACCACUCGAACGAUCAAACCGGAAAUCAUCAUCAAUAUCGGUUCCAAGAAGGACAAGAGCAAACGGUACCCAGCACCUGGCCACAAACGCACGUCGCUUGGCGCAGUUUCCAUUGCGUCGUCGAACGAAGUGCACAUCGACUCUCCUGGCUCUGACGCAUCCUACACCGUAUUCACUGGGUACCCAGAGGCUUCUGUUUCUCCACCUAACCAAUUCAGCCAAUCACCAGCCUUCAACAUCGUAACCGCUGCGCCGAAAAGCCACCACCGCCACACUUCCUCAGCCUCCUCCUUCACGACCUCAAGCCAGCCUCCUUCUUUGUAUGCAACCUCAGAACCUGACUCGCCUUCUACCCGUCGUCCUGCCCGGUACCCUCCGACUAUUGUGCACAAUCCUCCCCAUGGGGCUUCCUCAAAUACUUUUACGCCAUCAUCGCCCACUGUGACACAUGCGCCUGCCCCUUCAAAUCAUUCUUACCGUAUUGCAACCCCAAAUGACAGUGCGCCUAAAGAGAACAUUGCAUCAGAUGGAUUGUUCCCUCUUGACUAUGCGGAAUUUCAUGGCCCUUCCAGCUCCCCCAAUGGCAGUUUCACGCGAGCCGCAGCUCCUGAGAUCACUGAUCGUGACGCCGAUCGUGCACGUCAACGGAAGCUGAAGGCCGAGGCCGAGAAGAAAGCCGAGAAGAAACGCCAGGAGGAAGCCGACGAACUUCUAGCGCGGUCCAUGCAGGAUCAGGAAGCGAAGCAGGUCAGGUUUGAGCUUGGCCGCGCAGACGCUAGGGCAAAGGAACGAGCAGAAAAUCUGCUCGCCGAGAGCGAGAAGAGGAGGGCGGAAGAGCGGGAGGAGUAUAGGCAACGGAAGCUAAAAGAACAAGAUGAGCGUGCAGCGAAGGACGCUAAGAAAGAGAAGCCGACGGAACGUAACCGACUGAAAGAUGAGGUUGCCCGGCGGAAGAAGCAAGCUGAAGAGGCCGAGUCUAAAGUUCGAGUUUCUGAAAAACGAGACUCACGACCGCCGACCCGCGACCCCCUCAAGCGACAUUCGCAGUCCCGGAGGAAUUCAAUCACCCAGGAAAUCGCGCAGAAGGAACGCGAGCUGUUGCUGAUGGAAACCCAGGCUCAGAUGGCACGUGAGCGCGAGGCUGCUGAGCAGCGAGAGCGAGAUGAGCGAGCGGCAUUCUUGAGACAGCAGCAAGAAACAUCUCAGGCCUAUUGGAGCCCACGACGAGAUGACCGUUACUCCGUCACAAAUGACGGCCCAGGCAUUGGCCGCCGCGGUUCUGUCUCAUCUCGACGCAACAGCAUCUCAUCAAACGCUCCUCCAGUGGGCCUUGGUAGGUCAAACAGCAAACGAGUUUCCGUCCACCAGCCUAUUCCACCCGCAAAUCUCCCGCCUCUCAAUACAACGUUCCCACAACCCUUCUCGACUCGCCCGUCAAGCUCGCACCACCAACAGCCUUCAACACCUUUAUUUUCGCAACCUCCAUCAGCGCAGGCCCGUCCAUCAGCUCGCCACCUACCCUAUAGCGAUAACCCAUUCGCUCAGCCUCUUGCUGCUGCCCGCCACUCUCCACCAAUGCCACCCCGCGACACAUGGGCUGCGCGAGAUAUGCGAGAAGCGCUUCCCCGAGAAACCGCACCCACUCACCAUCGCCAGCCUUCUGACGACCGACAACGCACUCUUCGCCGACGUGGCGAGGAAGUCAUUGAUCGUGCUACUGAAGAUCGCACCCGCGGACACGACCGUGCGAAGCAAGCUACCCGCAACAUGGGCAAGGUUGUUGGGUUCGAGGACGACUACGACGACAGUAGGAGCGAGAACGAGGAAGAUAGGGUUGCUGGGUAUGGGCCUAGGCUUGGGCUUGGGAAACAUGGGCAUGGCCAUGGGAAGAGGAGGAUCAUCCCUGUGGCGGUUCCUUCCCAUUUCUUCCUGUAUCCCUUGGAAAAUUCUCAUAUUCCUACCAGGCCGGUGUUCUCAUCAUUCUCUCAUUACUGCGCCUCCUCGUGCUAUACGUACUACAGCGACAAAGCCGGUAUUUCCUUCUGCUGCCUUCCUAUACAGUUCAUUAUUCAUAUGUAUACCCCAUACCCAAUUCCUUCAUAUCGCGUACCCUUUCCCCAUACCAUACACUAUAUCAUCCUCGCGGAUCUUCUUGCCUAUAUGUACAUAGUAUGCCCCAUGUUUACCUUUACCGGCUCGGUUUUUGCGCUGCACUUUGGAGUUGGCGAUAUUGGAAGAAAGUGGAAGAAAAUGUUUGACAAUCUUUUUCUACCUCUACAUUUGGUCCAAAAUGUCGUUGACUUCAACCAAAUCUUUUGGGAGUGCCAAGGUCCUGAGAAACCGACUCGAUUGCUUAAGGCGCGUGGUGGAGCUCGGAGAACUCCGCAACCGCAACCGCUUUAUAUUGGCCAAAAACUGAGGUUGGAAAUUACUUUUCUCGGGAUUUUUUGGACUACGGGAGCUAAUUAUUCACUGCAGAGCAGUUUGAGGACUACAAACGCUGCUGACUCGGGAAAUGGGACUUGCUGA